AUGAUGAUAUACGGGCAUCAAGAUAUUGAUCUCGCGGGUCCCAGUCCAGGUUCGCCUCCAGGUAUGACGUCCUCCAAGUCGUCAAAGUCCUCUUCUUUCAAAUCUUUCCAUUCCGACGACACUAGCGUCCUGGACGACGUUAGCCACUUUGAAGAAAUCGGUCUUGAUGACGAUGCUUCCCACUACGACACACAACGCGUUCGCGAGUCACAUUCGAAGCCUUCUCAACCCUACGCCAGGUCCUACUCCAAUGACUUCCGCCCUCCAUCAUGGAAACCACCGCACUCUCGUUCCCCUCCGAUGACACGAGACCUCGCGAAGCCUAGAAGCACAGGUCCCACGGUAGACCUCACUCCCCACUCCCGUGUUUCCUCUCGACCACCCUUCUUGAGCUUGAAGACCGAGAGCCACCUCCUCAACCGCCGUAGCCCAAGCGCUGACCGCCUUUCCGACCCCCGUCGAAGCCCGGUGAACCCGGUGAACCCUCGAGGCUUCGCGAGCCACUCGACGACUUCCCUUCAAUUUCCCCGCAAGAACCGCAGCCCAAGCCCGAACUUCUCCCUGCUACCGAGAGACCCCAACGUACCCCUGAAACCGCGCCGGGGUAGCUGGCAGUCGAACCAAGACAGGAAAUCGACGUUUGAGUUGGAAAAGGAGUGUGACGAGGACGACACCGACGACAUUCCGGAUGGCCUCAUUCUCGACAAUGUUCCCAUCUCCCCUAGACCCAAGUUCGAGCGCACACCAAGCAGGCCAACCUCCUCUGGAGCAUCCCCCAACAGGCCGCCAAAGGAACGUGUCCGUAGUGUUGGCAACGGAACAUCUCCGAUCCCAGUUGAGACAGGAUGCUUGCGCUCCCCAUCGUGGAAGUCUGACACCGCUCUAUCGUCAAUUGGCGAGCGUGGGCCUGAGCCGCUCAAGACCCGGGCAAGGAGCUGGAAUCUCGCAUUGGCAGAACUCAAUGCUGACGCCAAAGAUUUGACGGAGAAGCUCGAAGAGCACUCGGAUUCUGUGCGUGAAAAGGCCGCGGAAACUGCCAAUCCUACAGGACGUCACACGUGGAAUGGCAAAUCUCUCGAGCAACAUGCCCAGAAGCCCCGGGUCAAGUCCGCCCUUCCCGACCUUCCUUCACUUCGGAGCCAGACCAACAUCAUGAUUGACCCACUUCCUAUUUCCAAGGAGAAGGAGGCUGUGCUUAGUCGCACACGGCCAUCAUGGCUUCCUCCUAAGGACCCCGCGGAAGAGAAGCGUCAUCUGCGUGAAUACAAGAGAAUGAUGGCACGUAGCGCCGAGGCAGAACGCCGCCGCGAGGCCUCACGCUCGGCGCAAACGUCUUCACGAGAUCUCAAGGCCGACAGCCUGAUGCACAUUUGGGAGGAUGAUAUCAUCCCGAGAUGGACCGACGCCAUCCGAGAACGCCGCACCCGCGAGCUGUGGUGGAAGGGAAUCGCACCGCGCAGCAGAGGGCAGGUCUGGUCAAGGGCCAUUGGCAACGAACUCGGUCUGUCGGAAAAGUCCUACAAGGCUGCCCUAGGCCGGUCUCAAGAGCUUGAGGAGCGAGUCAAGGCUGGCAAGGGUGAUUCGGAGGACAUCCAGAGAGCGGCGUGGCUGUCAGCUAUCCGCAAAGAUGUGGCCGAGCACACUUGGCAAGAUCUUCGGAUCUUCCAAGUCGGCGGACCUCUUCACCAGAGUCUCGUCGACGUCUUGUUUGCCUAUGCGCUGUACCGGAGCGAUAUCGGCUAUGUUAAGGGUUGCAACACUGUUGCCGCCCUUCUUUUGCUGAAUCUUCCCUCGCCGUCCGCAACAUUCAUCGCCCUCGCCAACGUCCUGAACCGUCCGUUGCCUCUAAGCUUCUACUCAGAAGAUCCCGGUGCGAAGGCUUCGGCCUAUAACCUCGUGAUGCAGACUCUGAGCGUCAAGGCUCCCCGUCUCCACGAGCACCUGACUAAGGACAUCUCCGAGGGUGACGCGGAUUUCUACCUGGGCCAUUUCUUCAUGGGACUCGGAACGACACACUUGGCUAUGGACGAGGCCGCUCGCCUGUGGGACGUGUACGUCUUUGAGGGCGAUGCGGUCUUGGUGCGAGCAGCCGUGGCCACUCUCAUGCGUCAUGAAAUGGCACUUCUUGGCGCCAAGUCCGCUGGAGAAGCCAAGAAGCUGGUCGAAAGCGGCGCCAACAAGGAUGGCCGUAAGGCUGUCGUUGGUGACGAUGGCGCCGAAGACCACUGGAUGCGAUCGGUUCGUGAAGCGGGCAAAGCCUAA